AGGUGAAAGGCUGUUACCCACAAUGCCCCCGGCGGGUUGCCCUGCCAACAGCGUCACUUCCGCGUCCCUGCCAGCUGAGCUGUCCCGUUUGGGAAUCUCCAGAAAAACUCCGGAAUUUUGCAAGUUUGGCGAGAAAUUCGUAGCCGCAAUGACGUCAAAAUCAGCCGCCCGUCUCGCCAAACUACACCCGGAAAUCAAGCCGGUCGAAAAUGUCUCCUGGGAGGGAAGCCUGCGGAGGUCGAGCAGUGGGAGUAAGCUGAACAAGAGCGGCUCCAACCUGGCACCUGCCUUCAGUAAGAGUCUGCGGUCUUCGACCUCUGACCUGGGGAAUAUCGAGGCGGAGUACAUCAAGAACCUGCAGCAGCAGGUGUACUUCCUGGAGCUGGAGGCCAACUUCUUGCGGGACCAGGCCAAAAAAGCAACAGACAUCCACCCACGCAUGACGGCGGAAGCAGAGCGGAUGUUGCGGAAGCUGCGUGACCUCCAGUCGGAGGUGGACGGAAUGUCGCUGGAGAUCCGUCGGAAAGAGUCGCAUCUUGACAUGCUCUCCACGGAGAAGAGCAGGGUCGAGUCAAAACUCAUGACCACUGAAGAUGCGUACUCCAGGGAGAAGCGUCUCCUAAUGGAUGAGAUUGUUUCCCUGAGGAAGUUGAAGGAAGUGGCCGACCGAGACAUCACCAUCAAGGAUCGAGACAUCCUCCAGCUGAGAGAGCACCUGACUCAGGCACAGGUGGACUAUAACAAUGCCAACCACAAGAUUAAGAUUCUACAGACACAGUUGGACCAGAGAGCCACGGACCACAAGGUGACCCAGAUCCACCUCGAGGAAAAGCGAGCCGACCUGCUGAAGACACAAUCGGCGCUCUCUGCCGCAGAAGACCGGUACUACACCAGCACUGCAGCUAUGGCUGAGGCUGCUACCAAAGAUCUUAGGGAGGAGACUCGUCUCUUGCGAAUAAAGUUGAAGGACAGCGAGAUGGCUUCUGACCAAGACCGCUUCCUCAGGAAUAAGAUGUCUGAUGACCUGGCGAGGGUAACCAAAGAGAAUGCUUUCCUGGGCCAGCAGGUAGCCGAGCUGAACAGACAACUGGACAGGGAGCGUAACAUCCGAGAAGACAAGGAAACCCGCGAAGCCUCCAAGACGAUGGAGGUGAUGUCGCUUCAGGACAACGAGCGGCAGCUCAAGUUCGAGAUCGAGACUCUCCGCAACCAGCUGGAGGAGGAGAGGGCAAAGGUCAGGAACUACAUGGACCAGGUUCGUGUCCAAGAAGAAUUGGGUACGUCUGUGAGACUGGAAGGCGCUACAGCUAAGAGCCAGCUACGAGAGUUGGAAGGCAUCCACACGUCCACCAAUGUGGAGAACUCUCAGCUGCGGCGCGACAAGGCUCUGCUGGUGGACCACGUGGCAGAGCUACAGAAACAGAUCGCCCUGAAGGAGGAUGAGAUCCUGAGGUUGCGGAACCACAUCCACACCCUCCAGGGCGACGUGGACCGCGUACGUUCCGCCACACUGCUGGAGAGUUCCAUCCAGGCACAGAAGUGGGACGAACUCUCGCGACUCACGCGCAGUCUCAGCGCUCGCUCACUCAGCCCGGACAGAUACUAAUAAUGUUUUAUACUGGCCAUCACAUCAGGCUACUCAGAUACCCCCAUUCAUAGCCCCAAACUUUUGGGUGAGCAAACAAAAAGGUUGCCUUUCUAGUGCAGUUUGUUUUGUAGGGUAUAGUGGACUUAUUCCUCGAAAAGCUACGUGCACGACAGUGGUCCCUCAGUAAGACAUCUGGUGUCGCAUAGUUCUGAAGUUUUAAAUGGGGAUUAGCUCCACAUGUCUUACCUAGAAACAACUGCUGUGCAAAAGAUGUUGGAAGCUUGAGAAAUAAGUCCACCACUGUACUUGAGACCACAUCCACAUCCUCCAGGGUAAUGUGGAUCGCGUAUGUUCAGCCACACUGCUCGAAAGCUCCAUCCAGGCCCAGAAGUGGGACGAACUCUCGCGACUCACGCAAAGCCUCAGCGCUCGCUCACUCAGUCCCGACAGAUACUAAAUACAGUUAAGGGGGUUCACACGUGUGCAUAUAUUCAAGUCUGUUUGAGGUCCAUAGAGUUCGUAGCCUAAGCAGGUCGUUAGAAGAAUAGUAGAAAUUGGACAAAUAUAGAUGCAUAACAUGCCAGUGGAGUUAGCUGGUCGAGAAGUAUGGUUAGCGACCCAGCUAACUUGUCUGACAUGUUAUCUGUCUACGUUUGUCCAAUUUCUAUUAUUUUUCCAGCAUUUAUGCAUUCUUUUUAAUCAUUGAGUACUAUAGUUUAAAGAAGCAAGUCACAAACAUGUAACUUUUUAGCUGUCUCGACAGUUGGUAAUGGUAUUCACUGUGCCUUGCAUGGGUACAACUUGUACUAUCAGUCACCUCAGAACUCAGUCACUAA